UUCAGUUGCUUCUCGUCCUUUGCGGCGAGCGUUUCAAUUUAAAUUUAGUGUUUUUGCAUUCGGCUAUUAUUUACUGAUUAGUGCUUUUUAAAUCAUUUUAUCAGUGAUAAUGCCGCUACGGACGAAGCUUCGUGUUUUGAGUCGAACCUCGUGUUUAAUCAUUGGGAGAGCCAUAGACAAGUCGGGGAAAACUCGUUUUGAUGCACAUAUUACUGGUAGAAAUUUCUCCGUGAGCAGCACGCUCGAUAUGAGGUUCGUUCAGUUCGUUAGUAAAAAUGGAGGACCGCAACACUUGGGGGUGCAACUCGAACAGGGUGGUGAUAUUAUCGCAGUUUCCAAAAUUGAUUCAAGAAUACCCAAUUCUCUGAAAAAAUUUCUUGAGGGGGGUGAUUCUCUUCUUAAGAAAUCCAAACGGAAUGCCGAUAUAGCUCUUAUGGAGGAUGUCGUGAGGAUAGUAGCAGAGGCACGAAGUGUUAUACCGGAAGCAGAAGUCAAUUUUGUAGCUCCAAUCUCACAUAUGGACAAAUUGGCCUGCGUUGGUUUAAAUUACAGUGGCCACUGUAAAGAACAAAAUUUGGAGCCUCCGCCAAGUCCGGUGAUUUUCAGCAAAUUCGCUAGUAACAUUAUUGGACCAACUGAUAACAUACAACUUCCAGAGAUAUCCGAUAAAGUCGACUGGGAGGCUGAACUCGCUAUAGUAAUAGGAAAAAGAUGCAAGGCUUUAAACAAUCAUGAUGCAGAAGACUGUAUCUUCGGCUACACGAUAGCCCAGGAUUUAUCUGCACGUGACUGGCAGAAAGGAAAACGUAACGGUGGUCAAUUCACCCUAGGAAAAGCUAUGGACACAUUCUGUCCACUAGGACCUGCAGUAGUCACAAAAGAGUCUAUUUGCGAUAUCAAUAAUCUUACAGUCAAGACUUGGGUGAAUGGAAAAAUUAAGCAGGAUGGCAAUACCAGUGAAUUAAUCUUCAAGCCUCACGAUAUCGUUACUUAUUUGUCUCAGUUUAUGACACUCUUGCCAGGAGACGUUAUCCUAACAGGCACACCUGCCGGUGUUGGUUUCGCUCGUAAGCCACCAGAAUUCUUAAAGAAAGGAGAUAUCCUUGAAACGGAAAUUGAAAGUCUAGGAAGACUAAAAAACAAGUGCGUCUGAUAAAAGGUUCCUCAAUGAAAUCUUGUGCACAAGCUUUUUACAAGCGCCUAAUUCAUCCAAAAAAGACACUGACUACAAGCAAAGCCUGAGAUGUCUUAGGAUUUUUUUUAAUUAAAAGAAAAUAAUUUUCUGCGUAGUUUGUAUAAACCUAUUCCCAGAAUAUAAUGGCCGAGUCUAAACGUACGGACCUGCCAAGGGUAGGUGGUCCGGACGUAUAGACACUAUUAAAAAUAUGUAAUAUGCCGACGAAGAAAUCAAUCUUUUUUAAGGUGGAAUCCUUAUUACACUUAUAAUUAAGAUUUAUAAAGACGGUACAUUAAUGCCAAAGCAAUGCGUCUCGUUACAAAAAUCUAAAAUCAAGAGUCACUUUUUAUAUCUGAUAUUCAAUUUAUGUACCUAAAAAUAAAAAAAGUCUGAAUUCAUU